CUCUGUUUAAAUAGACGCGUUGGACUUUCUCCUCCUCCAGUAGCGGACCACAUACCAUCCUGAACAUUUGUGCUUUUAGAAGGCCUUUAAUUGCCAUCGAUCAUGCAACUGGCUUCCUUCUUAGUCGUCCUGAUUGCUGUACACGUGUCUGUACCAGUGGAUUGUAGGCCAAGGCUCCAAGAUUCAGAACAACUAGCUCAACAUCAGCAGGGUCGAUUGAACACGGCAACAAAUGCAGAUCCAUCUAUGGGACGCUUCUACUCUGUGCUGGAUGGAUCAAUGACACACAGCAUUUACAGCGGCUUUCUGGUCACUUUGCCUGUGAGAACAGCUAGCAGCAACUUUGUGUCAAUAUUUGAUUUGAGAAGAAAACGUUUCAUCUGUAUGGACUUUAAGGGAAAGCUGUACACAUCUACGCAAAGGGACAGAGCAGACUGCCUCUUCCAGGACAUUUGGUUAGAUUUAGUAAGCCACCAUCAUGUGUUUUACUCUACAAGCGGGAGAAGGCUGCUCAGACUACAAGCAGGUCAUCUGCGAGCGGCACAUGGCGAGCCGCCUGAACACUACUUAGCCCUGCUGAGGCUCUUGAACCCCUCGGUUAAAAGACAGAGAAGGAGCGAAGAGGUGAACCCCUCUGAUCCUUUACGAACAGAAGCAAAUCCCUCACGUUCUGGAAAAGAUCUCCGAGAUGCAGAUCACGUUCGGCCUGAACAGGAUCAGACGGGCGCCGUGUCUAAAGAGACCAUCGCCUCCUGCGACGACCCCCUGUCCGUCUUACAGCCCAACGCGCCUGGAAGCCCUGUGAAGACGAACAUUGCAGACCAAGCCUAAGUCGCCCAGCAUCACUCAUCCAUAGAAGCUGUUUCCCGGGAUAAAUCUGGAUGACCAUUAAGAGCCAUAGAAACCUUAGUCCCUUAUUUCUAGACCUGGUUGAAAAGGACUGAAAAGACCCGUUGAUUAGAGGCCGAACUGACAUCUAAACUCUGCAAAGUCGUCGAGGCUGAAGUUGGUUCAAAAGCGGUCAUCUGAGGAGUUUGCACCGUCCCAAAAAAGGAAGAUCAUGUUUCUAAUGAACUCAGACGGUGCCCUUGCACUUGUGAAGUCAUGCUUUGCUGGGUGGGGAGAUACUGACCUUCCCUGAGUUUUUAUGGAGCUAACCCUCAUAAACCAGGUUACAUCAAAGGGGCUCGUGCAGGUCUCCUGUUUACUCGACAUAAGUUUGGUCCAGUCACCUCUUUGCUGAGGAGAAUUUGAAGCCCUGGGUCAGAUAUGUCAAUAUUUGUUCAAAUAAUUGUUUAAAUCAUCCAACAAUUCUUGAACUGUUGCUGAAAAACAGCAACAAGAACAACAAAAAGACGAAUGAUACUGUUGUGACUGGGAAAACAAUAUCUCCUGCAGCUUCCAUAAA